GAAGCGCCCGUGGUUUUUUUUUUCUUUUGUUUUUUUGUUUUUUUUGCGAGCCGCUCCUUUCUUCAAAUAUCUGUGAUUCUGCGUUUCUGCUUUUCGCUGUGAUCGGAUUUCUGGUUCUGGAAUUCUCAGGAAGAGAAAAUGGCAAGGAAAUUCUUCGUCGGAGGCAACUGGAAAUGCAAUGGAACGACCGAGGAGGUGAAGAAAAUUGUCGGCACGUUGAAUGAAGCCGAAAUUCCUUCUGAAGAUGUUGUGGAAGUUGUUGUGAGUCCACCUUUUGUGUUUCUUUCGCUGGUGAAGAAUCUGUUGAGGUCUGAGAUUCAAGUUGCAGCACAGAACUGUUGGGUUCGCAAGGGUGGUGCUUUUACUGGAGAAGUUAGUGCUGAGAUGCUUGUCAAUUUGGCAAUUCCCUGGGUUAUUAUUGGGCAUUCUGAAAGAAGGCUUAUUUUGAACGAGUCCAAUGAGUUUGUAGGAGACAAAGUUGCAUAUGCACUUUCUCAAGGCAUUAAGGUUAUUGCCUGUGUCGGAGAGACUCUUGAGCAGCGAGAAUCGGGAGCAACAUUGGAAGUUGUUGCAGCACAAACUAAGGCAAUUGCAGAGAAAAUCUCUAACUGGGACAAUGUUGUCUUGGCUUAUGAGCCAGUUUGGGCUAUUGGAACAGGGAAAGUUGCAAGCCCUGCUCAGGCUCAGGAAGUCCAUCAUGAAUUGAGGAAAUGGUUUAGCGACAAUGUUAGUGCUGAUGUUGCUGGAUCAAUUAGAAUCAUAUAUGGAGGUUCUGUAAAUGGUGCAAACUGCAAAGAAUUAGCAGCACAACCUGAUUUGGAUGGAUUUUUGGUUGGAGGAGCUUCACUAAAGCCCGAGUUUGUUGACAUUAUCAAGUCAGCUACAGUCAAGAAAUGAAGGACUUGAUGAGGAGUCAUUGGAUGAGACAGGUCUGUCUCCUUUAAUGUCGUUGCGGAAAUCCUUGUUUUCUUGAGCAAUAAAGUUGAGACUCAAUGCUGUUGUAUGAUCAUAGUUUUGUUCUCCCCUUUCUGAUGCAUUUUGACAUAAAUUUGGCACUUUGAGGUCAAAAUACUAUGUUUAUGAUUGGAUAUUGAGGUGUCAUCUCGAUUCUGAUUCAGACAGAACACAGAAUAUAUUGAUAUGUGCGUUCAGAUUUCUAAUU